AUGGCCGCCCUGCGUCAUAAUCCGGAUGACGAGAUGACGCUCGCUGACGACGAACUGCAGCUUGUCGCUGAGGAGCUCCAAUUGGAAGACCUUCCCGAUGGCUCGCUCCCUGCAGACCCUCCUACAGAUGGCGCCCCCGCUUCCAAGAAGUUGUGCACUGAGGGAGACGUCUCUGACGUUGUCCCUGGUCCCUCCUCCUCGGCUCUACCCAUCCCGAAUACCUCAACCCCGCUGCCCAACGCAAACGCUCUGCCAACUGCGCCUCUCGCAACCGCUCAGGCGGUCUCUCCUCACUCCAAGGCCCCUCUCAUCCCACCCGCGUACGCGGCCUCUUCUGCUGCCCCUGUUGCCUCUCCGUCUGCAGCAGAUCCGCCGCGCCAGCUCGCUCCUGCUGCUGCCGGAGGUGCGGGAGCGGAGGCUAUCCGCGCCGACCUGAUCACGCGCAUUUCAAAGCACCUGCAGCCAUUUCAUUUCCGCAACAACGUCAUCCCCAAGUUCCAGCCCUCGGUGGGGGGAGUACUCCGCAUCCCCCGACGUGCCUACACACGCCUUUGCUUCUCCUGGCCCUCCCAAGAUGAUGCCGACGAUUUCAAAGGCAUCUUCCCGCACACGUUCCACCUCCCCAACUCCCGAUCGGUGCUGCUAAAAGUCUACGUCGAUCGUUACCCGCGCUUCACCUCCGCUAGUGCAGAAGGUGCUGCCACGCUGAUGCAUCAGGAUGAUGUCCCUGGCUUCCUCUGCAUCCCCCCGGUCAUCAACUUCGAAGAUGACUCCCCCCCGGCUCUGCUCAACAUCUCCUCCCAUAUGUGCUCCUUCUGUUGCAAUAACCACCGCGAUGCAGACCACGAGAUAUUUCCCACCAAGCGCAGGCAGCGCCUGUCCAACAAGCAGCAACUCUCGGUCGCCCAGCUGCAGCAAGCCAACAGUAAGCCCGUCCCCUCUGCCCCAUUGCUUUCUGCCCCCCCCCCUGGUGGCAUUCUCAACCCCCUACUCCUCUUACCCCCAUCCUGCCUCUCCCCGCCCUGUCCCCCAUAUCCCGAACUCUGCUCCUCCCCCCCCUCAUGCCAGUUGUCGGGCUCACGAACUGUGCUCGUAGCCCUUCUACUGCCCGCAACCCGCCUCUACUCUCCCUACCUUCCCCACCCCGAACGCCCCACCUCUCUCUCAGGCCUUCUCUUAUGCUCACGGGUCGCGUUUGCAUCGCUCACACCUCACCCACCACACCUUUACCCCCCCUGUCCUCCCUGCCCCAUGCUCAGCCUCAUCCCCCUCCCAGGCAUGUCGCCUGGCUCUUUGGUUGUGCUAGUAACCCCCUCCUUACCCCUGACCCACCUCCUUCUUCACUGUCCUCCCUACCCCGAUCCCUGUCCUCUUUGCUCUAUGGCUGUGAAUGCAGCUCCUCUCUCACCCCCAACCCACCUCUACCCUCCAUGUCCCCUCUACCCUGGGCUCUGCCCCACCUCCCUCUCAGGCCAGCCGCUCGGCUCGUGGGCUGUUCACCACGUCCUACGCUCCUCCUCCCCCCCCACGCUGGGCUCCAAGAACCCGCCCUGCAUCUGCAUAGUUCGUUUGCCCCCUACCUCGGCCCUUUCUUUGCAGCCCCCCUUCCCCCACUUGCUGGCCAAUCUUUGUCCACGGGCAGGCCAGGUGCUCGGCUCCCGCGCCGCGCCUGCAGCUUUCCGCAACGACCCUGGACUGCUCUCCAUCGGCCUCGACGCAGAUUUCGAGCCAUGGACAUGUGCCUUGUGCAAACUGACAUGCGGCACUGCUCUCGACUCGGCUAUGGCCCACAUUGCCUCCGGUCAGCACGCCUCCAAGAAGCUCGCUGCAGCUCAUGUCCCAGACGCGAAGGAGAAAUACACUGGGUGGAAGGCUAUGGCCUUCGUUGCUCUUCCCCAUAUCGCCAACUUUCUUGCCAUGCUGUAG